CCAUUCAAAGCCCCUUCCCUCUGCUUUCCCGUAUGGUGUCAUUGCAAAAUUUCCCAAGUUCUCGUCAACGUGCACAGCAAAUUCCCUUCAGACGACCAGAUUUUCUGUGUUGACUCUUCUCAACCAGCUUUACAAUUCCGCCCAAAACCAGCCUUAAAAUUAGCGGGCGGGACGCUUCUCCCCAGGGAGGUCUAACCUUCACAGAAAAGGACAGCUUGCGCCUGUCGAAGAUCCUCCUGUGUGGAAGCGGACCCCCUUGGGCAGAGAGCUGAGACCGGCACUGGGCUCUGCGUUAGCCGCGAUCAAUUCCUCAACCUUUUAAACCUUGGUAUAACGCAUCCUGCCGGACUCGCCCCCCGAUUUUCAGCUCAACAACAUGAAGACCCCCACGUGUGAUAUUGUUAACCAGAUGGGUGCCAUACACAUGGUAGACACCAUCACGUCGGACCCGGAUAAUGACCAGCCGUUCUUUGUGGUCGACGUCGCUGACGUGAUCUACAAGAUAAAGCUGUGGAAGCUCAAACUCCCACGAAUCAAGCCUUUCUAUGCUGUGAAGUGCAACAGCAUCCCAGCUGUGCUUGAACUAAUGGCUGGCCUUGGCUUGGGCUUUGACUGUGCCAGCAAAGCAGAGAUUGAUUCUGUCUGUGCUCUGGGUGUCAGCACCGAUCGCAUCAUCUAUGCCAACCCUUGCAAGACCAAGUCCUUCAUCAAGCAUGCUGCUGCUACUGGUGUCGACCUUAUGACCUUUGACAAUAAAGUGGAGCUGCACAAGGUGAAGGAGCUCUUCCCGAGCGCUCGUCUUGUACUGCGCAUCCGCGUCGACGACAGCGGGUCGGUAUGCCAGCUGGGACUGAAGUUUGGCUGCGAGGUGUCUGACGCCCAGUCUCUGCUUCUGCUUGCCAAAGAGCUUGGGCUCAACAUAGUUGGUGUGAGCUUCCACGUGGGUAGCAACAGCCGCAACCCUUCAUCCUUCAGCAAGGCUAUCGAAGAGGCGCGGUUUGUGUUUGACCAGGGCCUCGAGCUUGGGUUCAACAUGGAGUUGCUGGACAUCGGGGGAGGGUAUCCCGGAGACAAGGGCUUCCAAACGUUAUUCGAUGAGAUUGCUGCGACAAUUAACGCUUCUCUCGACCUGCAUUUCCCUGAAGAAGAAGGCGUGCGGGUGAUCUCCGAGCCGGGACGCUUUUUCGUAUCAUCUGCCUUCACGCUGUACACCACAGUCAUUGCCAAGAGGGAGGUUGUCCUUGCUGACGAUUCUGUCAAGGCCAUGUACUACCUCAACGAUGGUGUCUACGGCUCGUUCAACUGCACGGUGUUCGAUCACGCCAAGCCCGUGCCCUUCGCCCUGCACUGCAGGGAGGGCAGCCUGCGUCCGUGUUCACUGUGGGGUCCCACCUGCGACUCCAUGGACAUGAUCGAAGAGGACGCAAUGCUGCCCGAGCUGCAUGUCGGCGACUGGGUGGUGUUUGAAAACAUGGGGGCGUACACCCUGUGUGCUUCUUCCAACUUCAAUGGAUUCCAGGUGCCAGAUGUCAAGUAUGCUCUAACGUAUGCUUCCAUCAUGUAUCUCAAGAAGUUUCCAUUCUGGGACCGCCUUGUGUGCCACUUCGGGGACCAAUACGAAGACGUUGACACGGCUUUUGUGGAAAUGUCGUGCGCUCUGUUCCAGCAGGAGGCCAUUGCUUGACCUACCUCACUGGCAUUCUGCCUCGUAUCUUUUUUAUUAGACAAUGCUUUUUGUUCCGUUCACCAAGGUUUAAUUGAUUUAGAGGAAUUGAUUACAUGGCUAACUGGGCUCAGUGAUCUGAUUUGGCUGUGUAUGGAUUUUACAAGUACUACUCUGUCGUUUUGUACAGUCCCUUAUUGGGGAAGCAGAUGUGAAAUGACAAUAAAAAAAAAGACUAAAGGUCGUAAAAUGACA